AUGGCCGACGCCAAACCUGACCCCGCCGCCGAGCAGGCCGUCAACCCCUCCGCCACUUUGGUAAAGGACGAGACCGCAAAGGUGACGACAGACAUCACCGAGCCGAAGCCGGCCGAGGACAAGCCUGCCACUUCGACUGUCACCGAGACCGUUGCCAACGCUGCGUCGACCGCCACCACGGCCGUCAAGGACAAUGUUUUCUCCAUGUUCGGCGGUGGCCCCAAGAAGGAGAAGAAGGAGGAGGUCGAUGACGCAGACGAGCCUUCAGGUGCUUCCAAGCCCAAGGGCGAGGACGAGAACCCCGAGAACGAGGAGCCCGAAGUCGACUUCCAGCCCGUUGUCCACCUCACCGAGAAGGUCGACACCAAGACCAACGAGGAGCUCGAGGAGCAGACCUUCAAGAUGCGCGCAAAGCUUUUCAAGUUCGACAGGGACUCGCGGGAGUGGAAGGAGCGGGGCACUGGUGAUGUUAGGUUACUGAAGCACAAGGAGAACGGCAAGACCCGUCUCGUCAUGCGCCGGGACAAGACGCUCAAGGUCUGCGCCAACCACUACGUUGUGCCUGACAUGAAGCUCUCUCCCAAUGUCGGCUCUGACCGCAGCUGGGUGUGGAACGCCGCGGCAGACGUUAGCGAGGGCGAGCCCGAGGCUCAGACCCUUGCCAUCCGUUUCGCCAACAGCGAGAACGCCAACGCCUUCAAGGAGGCUUUCAUCAAGGCUCAGCAGGAGAACGAGGCGCUUUUCAAGGCCGAGUAA